AAGUUGAAAGUGAACAAAGCGGAAAUUAGGGUUUUGUUUUGUUGCCGACCAACGACGAUGAUUUACGACGUGAAUUCGCCACUUUUCCGAUCCUUCCUCAGCCAGAAGGGAGGCGCAUCUGACAAGAGGAAAACAGAAGAGCAGAAGCCCAAGGAACAGAGGCCAAAAGCAAGUGAAAACAAGCCUGUUAUGAAUGAAUGAGAGCUGCCAGAUGUUAAUUUAUUUUAGAAUAUCUGGAAUGUUGUUAAGCAACUCUUUUGCAAGAUGUUGAAUAUGUAGUGCAUUUGACAUUUUAAUAGAUCAUAUAUCUAGUAAGAUAUUUGAUCCUUUACUUCUAUUGGUUUUAAUUUCCGAUCCAA